AAUUUGUUUUUAAACUCAAAAACCACCCCACACUAAAAGAAAAAAAAACCAGAGAGAGGGGUCAGGCCCUGAGGUCUGCGAGGACAAGAUUUUGUGUAGUACCAUGAUAAAAAAGAAGAGUUCCAAAAUCUGAUACAAGUUCUUACAACUCUUCCAACACAAGGUGUUGUAAUAAAGCAAAAGAAAAGAUCCACACACACCCAUCAAAGGAUCAAAAGUUGCAGAGAUAAGAGAAACAAAUACUGGAGCUUUUUUCAUCUUUUGUCUCUCAUCAAAAGAAAAGAAAAACCUUCCUUUCUUAUUUUCUUUUGUCUUCCUUAAAGCUCAUAAACCAAGUUGAGCUGUUUCUGGUUUGGAGAAUGGUGUAAAGAACAAGUCUUGCAUGGCGAACCAUAGAGUUGGAGAGACAGGUUUGACAGACUCGGGACCUUCUUCCAAUCACCACCACCAUCAUAAUAUUCCUUAUGCUGUUCUUCAUGGAAUGAAUGUCCCCCCAAGUUUCAUGCAUCAAGAAGGGUCUGCUUUUGAUUUUGGAGAGCUUGAAGAAGCAAUUGUGCUGCAAGGAGUGAAAAUUAGAAACGAUGAAGCUAAACCACCUUUAUUCACAGCAGGCAGGCCAGCAGCUACCCUGGAGAUGUUCCCUUCUUGGCCAAUGAGAUUUCAGCAAACCCCAAGAGGAAGUUCAAAAUCAGGAGAGGAAAGCACUGAUUCAGGAUCAGGAGUGAAUACAAUCUCAAGCAAAACUGAGAACCAGGUUGAGCCAGAAUCACCCAUCAGUAAGAAGACAUCUUCUUUGGAUCAACAACAACAGGUAGAGAUGGCAAGUGAUAUCUCAAGAACAGGAACAUCACAGAAUCAAUCAGCUGCUGCAAAAACACCCCAAGAGAAGAGAAGGGGUUCAACUUCUGAGAAACAGCUUGAUGCUAAGACACUGAGACGUUUAGCUCAAAACAGAGAAGCUGCAAGGAAAAGUCGUCUUAGAAAAAAGGCUUAUGUUCAACAACUAGAAUCAAGUAGAAUAAAGUUAACUCAACUUGAACAAGAUCUUCAGAGAGCACGAUCUCAGGGAUUUUUCUUGGGAGGUUGUGCUGGUACUGUUGGGAAUAUCAGCUCUGGGGCUGCAAUAUUUGACAUGGAAUAUUCGAGAUGGUUAGAAGAUGAUCAGAGGCACAUGUCGGAGCUCAGAACUGGAUUAAAUGCACACCUUUCGGACAGCGACCUUCGGAUUAUCGUAGACAGCUACAUUUCACAUUACGAUGAAAUUUUCCGGUUGAAGGUAGCCGCCGCAAAAGCCGAUGUUUUUCACCUUAUAACCGGGAUGUGGACCACUCCGGCGGAGCGCUGCUUCCUUUGGAUGGGAGGUUUCAGACCCUCCGACCUCAUCAAGAUGUUAAUAUCACAACUAGACCCAUUAACAGAACAGCAAGUGAUGGGAAUUUACAGCCUGCAGCAUUCUUCACAGCAGGCAGAAGAGGCACUCACCCAAGGCCUGGAACAGCUUCAGCAGUCCCUCACCGACACCAUUGCUGGUGGUCCGGUCAUCGAUGGAAUGCAACAAAUGGCUGUCGCCUUAGGCAAGCUUGCCAAUCUUGAAGGCUUCGUUCGCCAGGCUGACAAUUUAAGACAGCAAACCCUUCACCAAUUGUCUCGGAUAUUAACGGUGAGACAAGCAGCACGGUGUUUUCUGAUGAUCGGAGAGUAUUAUGGACGUUUACGAGCACUCAGUUCUCUUUGGGCCUCUCGUCCUCGAGAUUUGUAUGAUGUAGGAGCAUGAUGAGUGAAGAUCACUCAUGCCAAACAACAACAGAGUUGCAAAUGGUCCAACCCUCACAGAAUCAUUUCUCAAACUUUUGAUUUAAGAAGAAAAGAAAAAAGGGUCCAGUAGGCAGCUACUCAUAUGAUGUUAAAGCAAUCAAAACCCUGUAAUUUCCACGAUGAAAGCUUUCCAUGCAAAAAAUAUAUUAUUAUAUAUAUUGGGUUUCAUCAACCUACUUAAGUUAGAGGAUACCUUAGGGCUUUCUUUUGCUUUUCCUUUUUUAAUCUUUUAGUUUGUUUUUAUUAUUAAGUUUAUCCAUGUAAAUGAAAAAAAAUCAAUUUUAAUGUGCACAAGGGAGCUACCUAUCUCUCUCCCCUUUCUUUGAAAGAAAUUAAAUGAUUAGCAAUGAACAUUCAAAGUUAGAAAAA